GCCCUGAGUCAAACUCCUUCCUGUCUCUCAAACUCUGUUUCCACUUCUUCCAUGUUCACUCUCUUUCUCCUUCGCCGCCCUGUCUUCACUUCUGUAGCGGUUCUCUCACAACAUACUUUGAGAAAGCUUAGAACGCGAAGCACAUGGGCGUUUGCAAAACAUGUGCAUUUAAGCUUAGUAUCAGAGGACCUGGUAACUUCUAGCGUACCAAUGUGCCUUAACCUACUAUCGGCGACGCUUUCAUUGAGCUGUCUUCAUCUUCAAUGUUUUUAAAGUUGAACUGGUGUUUCGCAAUGCGUUCAAUGGAGCGUGUCGCCGAUAUAUGUAGGAAUCCGAUAAGAUGAGACAGUGGUAUUGUCCGGGCUUGUGGAGAGAGAGGUUUAAUGCUUGUGUUUUACUCAAUGCGGGAAUCAAUUUCGACAUCUUAACCGUGUACUCCAAUUUGAAAGAUGACAAUGUCAGUUGGGCCCUGACGUCGCCUACAGAUAUAUUUAUUUUUUAAAUAUGUCUGAUAAAACCACCGCAAUCUCCUAAGCCAGUCGAACAGGAGGUCCAACUCGAAGAUCCUCAAAGGGGGGGUGGACACCAGAAGAGGACGAGACUUUGAGGCGAGCCGUACAGUGCUUCAAUGGGAAAAAUUGGAAGAAAAUUGCGGAAUUCUUCACGGAUCGAACAGAUGUGCAAUGCCUGCAUCGAUGGCAGAAGGUUCUUAAUCCGGAUUUGGUUAAGGGCGCCUGGACUAAAGAGGAAGACGAUCGUAUCAUGGAACUUGUGAACAAAUAUGGAGCGAAAAAAUGGUCUGUGAUUGCUCAGAACCUACCCGGUCGAAUUGGAAAACAAUGUCGAGAAAGGUGGCACAAUCAUCUCAAUCCCAGUAUAAAGCGCGAGGCUUGGACUCAACAAGAGGAUUUGGCAUUGAUCCGUGCUCAUCAACUAUAUGGAAACAAGUGGGCUGAAAUCGCCAAAUAUUUGCCGGGGCGUACGGACAAUUCGAUAAAAAAUCACUGGAACAGCACAAUGAAGAAGAAAGUGGAUCCCUUGACGGCAAAUGAUCCAAUCUCUAAAGCGCUGGCUGUCUAUCAAGCACAGCAAGAACAGUCCAUGAACUCUGGUGCUGGGGCGGGGCAAGCCGACUCUGGAAGCAUCGGAGGAAGACCUGGUCCACCCAUGAGUGAGGCUACCACAUCUUCCGGCCCAAGCAGACAUAAUUCGAAUGCUCAUGCUGUGGGGCGCACAUCCCACUACGGAGAGCAAGAUACGAAAUCGACCGGUUCGGCACCUCCUCCUCCUCCUCAUUUUGAUAUGUAUUCGAAUCGUGGGAAGGAUCAACAGAGGAAUGCGAGUCAUCUGCAACCGAAGAAAGAGGAGUCUCAGAAUGACCCAAAUGGGCAGACGCAAGGGUUCUCGGGUUGGUCAUCUGGGCAAGCCCCGAUGUACUCUGGAGGAUUUUCUAGAGUUCCUCCUGUUGGUUCAUCAUCUCAAUCAAAUUCCAUUACCAAUCAGUUGGUCACAUCGAUGCAAAAUAAGCGAUCUUUGUCUAAUGCUGAGCUCACUCGGAUACCUUCCUUCUCGAACUCCUUCUCUCUUAAUCCAGCGCCUGAGUCUGGUUCGCAUUCUUACAUGAGCUCAGCAAUGCCUGUUCCGCUGCCGAACUUGGGUUCAUUUUUCGCAUCCAGUCACAUGUCCAUGGAGCCUCUCAGUAACAUGCAGCCAAUGACUUCUUUCAGUGGCAGAAUGGUAUCAUCUGGUGGAGAGACUUUGGCCAUGACGGGUUCCAUGCCCAGCUACGAGCAGUUGAGUAGGUGCAACCUUCCUCUCAGUCAAGCUACUGAGGCUGAUACCGCUGUUGAAGAUUCCGGAGCCUCUGUUCCCUGUGAAUCUCAGCAUGAGGAGCCUAUGGGACAAGCUCUGGAGCAAGCUAUGGACCAAGAGUUGUCCGAGUUUUCAUCUGACGAUCUCCUUCGAGCUGCUAGUGAAGCAGUGGACGAGUUCCAGUUACAAUCCCCCAUGGUUACGGAAGAAGACCUGGAAGACAAAAGUAAAGUCCUGGAACGAAGCGAUGGCUUAUUCUAUGAGCCUCCUCGAAUCGCCGAUUCUCCUUUUAUGAGUUACGAUUUGGUGAGUUCGCUUCAGGCGUACAGUCCCCUGGGUGUACGCCAUAUGAUAAUGCCUGCUGGCAACUGCAUCACGCCUCCCAAUUACCUUCAGUCACCUUUCCAAGGCAAGAGUCCACAGUCUAAACUACGUAGUGCCGCCAGGAGCUUCAGUGGGUCGCCUUCAAUCUUGCGCAAGAGGCCACGUCAGAUUUUAAUACCCUUGAAAACCGGAACUUCUGGCGAAAAGCUAGACGCGAAGUUCAAGGAAGCCCAGACCACUGCAGAUAACGUGGAUGCUGCUGGUGCAUGUGGUAAUAACCUUAAGACAGCUGAAGCUUCUCAGGGGACCUUAGUUGGUAAAUCAUCCAAACCAGCUGGUUUGCAUCAAACUUGUCUAGCAAGGACUGCUCUGUUUGUUUCUCCUGCAAGCAAAUUGUCGAACAGGGUUGAUUCUGAAGUUACUAGAAAUACCGGUAACCAGUCUCAGGACUGCACUACGGGUAGUAAUGGCGGUGGUGAGGGCUGUGGCGCAACUUUCUCUGCGCGAGUUAGCAGGGAGGGAUCCGUCUCUGGUAAUGCUCUUCGUGAAAAUGCCGGUGGAAAAUUUAACAAGAGAGGCAGAUCCCAUGGAUCAAACCUCGAGUAUAGCACUGGUUCUAGAUGGGAGAAUGGGGCGCAAACAUCCAAGCAGGAAGGUUCAGUACUCACAGAGCAGCAACAGAACGGACAGAAUGGGCAAGGGCAUCCGAAUAGCUCAGAAAAUCACGGGGGUGCUAUGGUUCUAGGUAAACAUGGACGUGGGGAGUUAAGACAGUCAUGCGACACCAGUGCUGUCGGUUCUGGAGACAGCGUUGGAGGUUCCAUUUCUGUUAAAGUCUCGAAUAAAUGGGAGCUCAUGUCUCCUGGGAAUGCAGCCACGCUCAGUUCUUGGGGAUCUGUUACCUGUGCUAUGGCAGCCUGCUUCAGCCCUGGUGUUACAAUUCUCCAGCACACACCUGGAAAAGAUUGGCUACAAGAUUUCGACACCACUAAUAUAUUUGCAUCCCCUAGAUUUCCUUCGCCUAGAUUUGCAUCUCCAUUAUGGAGGUCACCAUGGAGGCUAGACCCGCUUCCGUCAGCUCAGAAGGAGGGAGCCUUGGCUUUCAUGGACGGCUUGGAAGUUCCUCCGGAAGAUGGAGUGGACGAUGCGUUAGGCUUAAUGCGGCAGAGUAAUGAACACAACACCCCUGCCUACAGUGAAGCGGAAGAAGUGCUUGCCAAACAGCCUCCAGUUCAGCCCAUGCCUUCUCCUCUAUAUCGCUUGCGGACUAGUUCAAGUCGCAAGGGGCAUAGUAUGAAGGAGAACAGGAGAAGCUUGGUUGAGAGCGACGGAACUGCAUCAGCCCUAGUUAGUUGGCUCUUGCCUUCACCAGAGCAUGGAAUUACCGGGACUCCAGUACGAGGAGCAUCGGCACUAGGUUUGAAUGUGGGAGGGGAGGAUACCCUCAUGGUGGGAGGAGGUGGCUGUGAGCAAUUCAGUCCAUCCAUGUAUUUAUUGAAGGAGUGCCGGGUCAUCUCAGGUUAUAGCUGAUAAGAGUUUCAAGGCUUGAGUUCAAAUCUGUAUAUCCUAAGAACGUAAUGACUGUAGAAAAGCUGGAGUACGAUUAGAGCAUUACCAUUACGAGUUGCAGCUUCAGUUGUUUGCACAGUAAGUGAUUACAUGAGGUGCCCCAGCCAUGAGUGCUGUAAGAGAGCAUCGGUCUGGGAGGGCUCAGAGUGGACAGUGGAUAGUCUUUCGCGUUUGUUUGAACAUAGCUUAGGUUGCGUUUGAGAGCCACUGUUGCCAGUCCAUGUCGAGCCUUGAGUCCCCUUGCUAGGGACUGUACAGGGCUAGUAGUAGGACUCAAAUUGUUUAUAUAAAUCUAUUCUCUUCUGACUAAGCGCCUCCCCUGCGUAAGCCAGUCAUUGCUGCAGUGAUCAGUACUACUGUAUACUGAAUGCUGGUGGUGGUGUGAACGAAUCGAAUUCUUUCGAUUCGAAUGAAAAUGACUUCGUAUCUCAGGAAUGCAGCGGAUGCAGUUUUUCACUACCGAGUCUAGCUGCAUCCUCAUGUACCUUUUUUUUUGAAUUUAACAAUUUAUGGAGAAGUUCAAAUGGAUUCUUGUUGAAUCCUGUACAGAUAAA